UGUGAAAAAAAUGCCAUAAAUAUACAAAAACGACAAAUAUAUGGAAAAACGACAUCAAUAUUUGUCAUACAAGUUAUUUUAAACUAUUUCCAUAAACUAAGCGAGCCCAACAUUUAAAAACCCAAGUCACAGCGACAUUAACUGUCAUAUUACCCGCCAAAACUGAUUUUUUUUUUCUUUCUAAAAAAAAAUGGAAGCUAGUGUUCUUGCUUCUCUGAUCUUGAUCCUCAUCUCCUCCAUUUUUGCACAACCAAGAGCUCUGGAAUACCCUCAAGAACUCAUUAGCUCCAUUAACCCCACAACUUUACCUUCUUCAAUUUCUGUGUAUCCCACUAUCGGUACUACCAUCCCACAAUUUCCUCCUCCUCCAUUGGUUCCUGCAUUGUUCGUCAUUGGCGACUCCUCUGUCGAUUCCGGCACCAACAACUUCCUCGGCACGCUUGCACGAGCCGACCGCCUCCCCUACGGCCGAGAUUUCGACACACACCGCCCUACCGGCCGCUUCUCCAACGGAAGAAUCCCCGUCGAUUAUCUUGCUGUUCGUCUAGGGCUUCCUUUCGUACCGAGCUAUCUUGGUCAAUCAGGAAGUGUGGGUGAUAUGCUUCACGGAGUGAAUUACGCAUCUGCUGGAGCUGGAAUAAUAUUCACAAGUGGGUCAGAAUUGGGUCAACGGAUUUCCUUUACACAACAAAUUCAGCAGUUUACAGAUACUUAUGAGAAGUUUGUGUUGAGUAUGGGAGAGCAGGCUGCAGCUGAUCUAAUCUCAAACUCAGUCUUUUACAUUUCAAUUGGGAUCAAUGACUAUAUACAUUACUAUCUCCGUAAUGUGUCUAAUGUUCAAAACAUCUAUCAACCAUGGACUUUCAACAAGUUCUUAGCCUCUAUAGUCAGGCAGCAACUCAAGAACUUGUACAACUUGAAAGCUAGGAAGAUGAUUAUCAUGGGGCUGCCACCUAUAGGUUGUAGUCCUCACUACUUGUGGCAGUUCGGAAGUCGAAAUGGGGAGUGCAUAGAAGAGAUAAAUGACAUGAUAAUGGAGUUUAACUUUGUCAUGAGAUACACCAUUGAAGAGCUUGGGAAGAAGCUUCGAAAUUCCAGUCUCAUCUUCUGUGAUGUGCUUGAAGGUGCCAUGGAUAUACUAAAGAAGCCUGAAAGUUAUGGUUUCAAUGUCACUACUGAUGCUUGCUGUGGUCUGGGCAAAUACAAAGGUUGGAUUAUGUGUUUAUCACCAGAAAUGGCGUGUAAUGAUGCUUCUUACUACAUCUGGUGGGACCAGUUUCAUCCUACUGAUGCAGUGAACUCGGUCAUCGCUGACAAUGUUUGGAAUGGCCGCCACUCAAAAAUGUGCUAUCCCAUGAACCUUCAGGAUAUAGUGGUGCAGAAGGCCUAG